AUGAAGGGUGCUGUAGGUGUCGUGGAAAGCCUUGAAUUAUCUUUUCGAUUUAAGGAUAAGGAUAAAUUAGUAUCUGGUAGUGAUGAAGUUUUAAACGAUUUUGUAGUCUGCAAAGAAUCUAAAGCUGAUCUUGUAUUAGGAAUGCCAUGGUUGUGGUUGCGUGAAACAAAAAUCGAUCCUCAUGGUAAAAGAAUUUCAAUCUAUGUGGAGUUAUACCAUUCUGCAAGAAUAGCGCCAGCCCCACUAAAAAUGAUCGAUCUAGAUGUCGAAAAUCAUAAGCACCGAAAGAGACGUCACGGAAUAUUUCACAACACACCUCCUGCACCUCUAUUACCCAGAAGAAUGGAUGACAAUGUUUCCAAACAUAGCAAAGCUACCAAGAACAAGAAAUACCCUAAAGUAGAUUUAGGCGAUGGAUGUGGAAAUCUUUCAAUCAAAACGCACCUCAAUAAUAUUGGAACAAAGCAACCGUGGAUAAAAUCUGAGACUAAUUCAUCCAGCUCUGAUUCAGAAUCCACAGGUUCAGACUGGUAUGAUCUCAAUCCAAUAAAAUCCCGAAAGAAUCGUGUUCAUAUUAGCGAAGCUAGCAAGGCUAAAAAGAAAAAG